GCUGCACAUAGUUACCUGGAAUGUGGGCACAGCUUCUCCACCGCCGGAUGUCACUAGUUUACUUCAGCUCAAUUCACUGGGUCCAGCAAUGGAUAUGUAUGUUAUUGGCUUACAGGAAGUGAACUCAAGGAUCACGAAUUUUCUCUCUGACUUGGCGUUUGAUGAUCCUUGGAGCAUUUUUUUCAUGAAUGUACUGUCACCACUGGGAUACAUCAAGCUCUCCUCUGUUCGCAUGCAGGGAUUGCUCCUCCUGGUCUUCCUGAAGCAUGUGCACCUGCCUUUCAUACGGGACAUCCAUACCCAAUAUACACGCACAGGCCUCUAUGGCUACUGGGGGAACAAAGGAGGAGUUGCCAUUCGCAUGUCCCUCUAUGGCCAUACAGUUUGUUUCAUGAAUUGCCAUUUGCCAGCUCACAUGGAGAACACAGAGCAGCGGUUGGAUGACUUUGAGAAAAUUCUGGAAAUGCAGUUUGAAGAAGAGAAUAUUCCAAGUACCCUGGAUCAUGACUUUCUCUUCUGGUUUGGAGAUCUGAAUUUUCGAAUAGCAGAUUAUGGCAUACAUUUUGUUCGAGAAUCGAUAAAUAACAGACGUUACAAUCUACUGUGGGAAAAGGACCAGUUAAAUAUGGCAAAGAAGAAGGAAGCAUUUCUUCAGGAUUUCAUAGAGGGUCCUCUGCAGUUUAAACCCACCUACAAGUUUGACCUUUAUUCAGAUGUAUAUGAUACAAGAGAACAGAAGUCCCUGUUUUGGUUUAAUGAGAAGAAAAGAAAGCCAGCUUGGACUGAUAGAGUUCUUUGGAGAGUGAAGAAUCUCUGCCAGCAUACAUCAAAAGAAAGUGAAUUAUCUGAAGAAGAACAGACAAUAUCUGUUACUUUGAAUAACUAUAUCAGCCACAUGGGCUAUGGCAUCAGUGAUCACAAACCUGUUACAGGAACUUUUGGGCUUGAGAUGAAGCCUCUUUUAUCAAUUCCUUCUGUCAUACUGAAACCUGAGGGUGAGUGGAGUGCUGAACAUGAUGUUAUAAUCAGCUAUUCUGCAGUGCCUGAGUUCCCAAGCAGUACUUGGGACUGGAUUGGACUUUUCAAGGUGACAUUCAAGCAUGUGAAUGACUAUGUCACUUAUGCUUGGGUAAAAGAUGAUGAAAUUUCUUCUAACAAUGACAGCAAACAAGUUUACAUGAAUGCCGAAGAAAUACCUAAUAUGGGAGGAGAAUUUGUGCUUUGUUAUUACAGCAAUAAUAUGCAGUCAAUAGUUGGUAUCAGCCAGCCUUUUCAGAUUCAGCCAAACAGAACAUUAACAGAAAAGGAUCUGGCACAGGAGGAGAUCGUUUGGAUGCGGAAACCUGACAAUCUGGAAUCACAUAACGAAUUUUGAAGUCGGAAAAGGCGUUUAUUAGUCCUGAUUCAGGAGUCAGAGAUGACUGCCUUCUUUUUCUUAGUAAUUAUAGGCAUUUCUACUUAGAAGAUGGAGUGAGGUAGUGCAAGGGUCCUACAGGUAGGGCUGCCGAGAAACUUUAUAAGCUCAUAGAAGAUAAUGUAUUGU